AUAUGUUAGCAAACCAAUUUACUCUAGGUUAUUCUCUUGUAAAUCGAUUCAAAUAACUCCAAACUAACGAUAAGAUGGCCCAAAAGACGGUCAUCAAAGAGCUGAAACGUCUAAGGAAAGAGGAGAACCCGUUUUUCAAAGACAAAGAGACCCAAAUGGUGGACUACCAGAACAAGGCAGUGACCAUCGUUGGCGGUAGCGAGGACAACGAGUUCUUGAUGGGUCUUCUUUACGAGCUGUACUCCGGGCAGCUCUACGGCGAUCGCAGCCUCGUCAGGGUCUACCUCUUCGAUUCCAAGGAUAACCUCGAGAAGGCCGAGUUCGCCUACGUCAGCAUCUGGAUAUCUGAUUUCAUUUUGACAUCGGAUCCUAAAAGAGCCCUAAAAAAAUCGGAGUAUGUCAUAAUCCAUCCAAACAUCAAAUGGGAUAAAGAGCUCACACGGGAGCAAAUCAUCAUAGACAAUUUUCCAUUCUUUAAAACUUUGGCAGAGCAGAUCUGCGAACACUGCAUCCCGAGCGUGCAGAUUCUCCUCAUCGGGAUCAGAUGCAUGGUUCCUUUCCGGCUCAUCCUGGCCCUCUUCUUGAACAAGCUUCCGCUCUCGCAGGUCCACGCGAUCACGAGGACCGUCGAGCGAGCAGCCGCCAGCCUCAUCUCCCACAAAGUAGAGUGCAAUUCCAAUGAGAUCCAAGGAGUAGCGGUGUUCGGCGAAGACAUCGUAGAGGUCUAUAACGCCUGGAUGCAAUGGAGUCCGGCAUGCGACGCUGAUCUCAUCGAUCUCACCACUAUCAAAUAUGGCGAUCCAGAGCUCGGCCAAUGGGUGGAGAAGAGGGAGGAGCUGAGGGAGGCGAUGGCCCGGCUGGAGCUGCCGAAAGGAGUCGAGGUGAUCGGAGUGGACCCGCUCAAUCCUAACCUCGACGACAAGAUCGAUCUCCCUCCGCUGGUAGUUCCCAAAGCCAACGCCAAGAGCCACCUCACCGCUGCCGACUUCGAAGGGGAACAGUUUUUACCCUGUAAAGAAGAAGGAGGAUUCGAAGAGAUAGAAGUUGAAGUGAAGUCACAUCAGACGGAGGAACAGCGGUCUACAACAACUGAAGAAACUGAAGACAGAAUGUACAAUGUAGUCACUCCUGAACAAUCCGAAAAUAAGCAAAUGGAUCAGAAUAAAGAAUCUGUGGACUGGCAGGAGUGGGUGAAAGAACGCUACCCAAUCUUUGACAAUGAAUUUAAGGAACAUGCCCGGGGAGCCUUCUGGGAAGAUUUCCUGAAGCAAGGCAAAACGUCGGCUACCAAGUUCCGGGAGAGCUCCAAACCCUGGCAAUGCCCUCUAGAUUCAAGACCAUUUGAAGUUCCUAAAGACACUAAAAAACCAGAUCCAGCUCCCAAGUUGUGCUCUGAUUGGAGGAGACGGGUUACGACUGUCAUAAAGGACGAAAAUUUCCUGAAGGGAACCAUAUCCAAGAAAUGUAGAAACUCGCUGACUGGAUACGCCCAGGCAAAAGGUGUCAUCAACUACAUAAGAAAAGUCCUUCUCGCAAAGAAGAGUGUCUAUACGAAUGAAGUGGUUUGUUCACCUGGAAUCUAUGGCAUACCAGAGGGACUCUAUUCUUCUUUUCCAGUCCGCAUAGAUGCUAAUGGAAGUUGCAAGAUAAUUCAGGGAUAUUACUUGUCAGAAAUGACAUUAUUUAGAAUCAGAAGAAUGGUAAAGGAGGUGUUGGAUGAUUAUGAUCUGGUAUUUGAAUUGUUUUACUAUAACCCUCCGCAAGAAGCCAAAGACUUAUGGAUUAUGAAGGACAAACAUGAACAGCUACCAGAAGAGCCUAUGGAAGUGAUAUCUGAAUACCAAGAUGAAUUAAAAGCAGAGGAAGCAGAGGAAGAAUAACGCUGAUUCUAAUGAAACAUCAUAAUAAAUACUUUUAAAUUAUUUUGUUUUAAUUAGAAAUAGAGUUAAAAUAAUGAAUUACUCAACAUGACUCUAAAUGUCAAAAUAUUUUAUGCAAAUUUUCAUAACUGAACUAAUCAAAUUUAAUUUAUAAGAAAAAAUAUUGCGACUUGAGUAGAAGAAAAAGGCUUCUAAGAUAAUGAAAAACAAAAAAUAGGAAUUGAAUUUUGUUUUCUUAUCAAACCAUUAAGAUUUGAAACAUAAUUUGAGAAAUAAAUCUCAUUCAGAAUAAAUUAAAGUCAUUAUUUCAAAUGAAAGUAUGUUUCUUAAAAUUGUUUAAGCACAUGUACAGUGGGUCAAAAAAGUCUCAGCACACUCUAAUUUUAUUUUAGAAAAUUCUCAUAAUUGGGGCGUUUUCAAUCUGGAGAUUGGCAAACUUUGUCUAUUUAAUUAGGUACUAAAACCUCAUAAAUACCCAUUUGGUUUCCACUUGAAUCGUAAAGUAACUUGAGGACAAACUCAAGAAAACAUAGGACCUUCAAAAAUAUUCAUUCGUUUAACCUAUAUAGAAUCGUUAUUUUGACAAUUUGAGAGUGUAGGUCACGCCAAACAGCUCAAUAUUUUUGAAGACCACAUUUUUUCUUGACUUUGUGCUAAAAUUAUCUUACGAUUCAAAUGGAAAGCAAAUGCGUAUUUACGAGACAAAUAGACAAAGUUUGACGACCUCAAGAUUGAAACGACCUAAUUCAAAAAUUUUUCGUAAAUAAAAUAUUUGUAAGUUACGUUGAGAAGAAACUAUUUACCAAGUUUCAGCUGGAUGUUAAUAAUUUGAUAAAAAGGGGUCUGUACCACGAACUAAAUGGUAUGAUGACAAAAUAUUAAUAAAUUUCUAGUUCGUAAAAUAAACCUUAAAUUAAAGUGUGCCAAUACUUUUUUGACCGUGUUGAAGUGAUUUUUCGUUUGCUAAUUUUUUUAAUUAUGUAAAUUAAAUUUUUUUUACCUCAAUUAUGUUUUUUUCUAAAUCUUUUAUGAAAUGAAAAUGUUUAUAGCAAAUCAAUUUCGAAUUCUUUUACAAUGAAACCUGAAAAAAGUUAAAUGUGCCAGUAAUUUUUUGAUCCACUGUAUGCUGACACAGGUAAUUGUUGGUUUUUGAAUUUUAACAUUAUUUAUUCUUAAAUAAUUAAGAAAUAAAUUAAUGCUUUAAAUUAUUCUUAAUGGCAAUAUAAAGCAUUAUUGUAUUCUUAAUAGCUGGUUGUUUUUUUAAAGAGGUAGGAAUUAAUGUCAUUUUUUUUAGAUAAUUAAUUUAUUGUGAAUGUAAUUUAAUUUAGACAUAAAAUAAAAUAAUCAUUUAUCAAUAAAAACAUCUUUUGUUAAACUCGAACUCUGAUUUUCUUACAGUUAUAAUAUCAACAUUUUGUGUUCAGGGUUGAUCUACUAUACUAUAUAGCAACUAAUGAUAAUAGAAUAAAAGAUUUUUUUGAUCUUUUGUCCCACAACUUUUUUAUUAUAUUAUAAUUUUAAUUUACAUGCACUUUACCGCCUUUGGCCAUCAUCAGCAUAUCUGAUAUAUUAUAAGCAGUUUAAAUAGGUUUUUGCCCAUUUAACCUUGUCAAUAGAGACAAUGAUCACUCAUUCAAACUUAAUUUAAUUAAAAAAAAUAUGUGUUUCUUGCCUUUAAAUGAAUUAAGUUGUAGGAUCCAUUUAAAUUAUUAAUAUGUUUUUAAUUUUUCGAUAAUUUAUAUAAUUUUAAGUGUAGUUUUAGUUUUAAAUUAAAUAAAGUUUGUUUUUUAGAUGAGUGACCAUUGUCUAUUAAUAAGGUGAAAUCGACAAAAAACAAAUUUACAUUAUUUUUCAUAAAAAUAAUAAAAAUAAAAAUUGUGAUAUUUGAGAAGAUAUGCUAAGCAUGGCCAAAGGCCGAAACGUACAUGUAAAUUAAAAUUACAAUAUAAUAAAAAAAUUGUGAGACAGAAGAUAAAAAAUACUAUUUAUAUAUUAUCGUAACUUGUUGAGACACCAACAACCUUCACAGCAAUAUCCUAGACUAAACCUAUACCACUACAACCCAUGAAGGGUCUUGGGUUCAGUACUUUGUAAGGAAGUAAUGUUUCUUGAUCAACAUUUAUGCAAGGAGGUGAUUUGACCAUGAUCACGCUCAACCCUUUUCUCUUAAUUAAUGGUACCCACUUUAUAGAGUCUGAGUGUGCUCCAGUAGGAUCUCCCGAUCCCAGGGUCAAUGGUACAAAACAAAUAAUUUGUCUGCCGUAAGCCAGGAUUCUAACCCGGGACCUCGAGCAUUGCAACGGAAGCUCAGUGUCCUAUCACUGAGCUACCCCAUUCCCAAUCUAUACAUAAUAAGUAAUUUUAAUUUAUAAUUUAACAGAGACAUCGUAAGACUGUUGGAUUGUUUCAUUUAAUACUAUAAUAUACAAAUUAAUUAAUUUUUUUCUCAAGUUAUGACGUAUGAAAAUAUAAGGGUGUAAAGAACUCAUUCUUUUAUAUAUUUAUAAAAAUAAAAUAAUGUUGGCAAGCUGAAUAAAACAAAUACAUACUGCAAAUACUGAUUAUCAAUCCCAUAAUUUAAAAAGAAAAAAUAUUCAACAAAAAUAUCAAUCGCUAAAAAUAAAAUUAAAAAAGACAAAGUAAAUAAACAAAUGACAGAAAAUGUUUAGAUAUUGCACAAACAUAUGGGUGAUAAAUGCAAACAAAUAAUUGCUGUGUAUAAUUGUAUUGCCAGAAAAUAAAGCUGUUUUAUAAACAUUUACAAAACAGUAAAUGGAAUGAUAGUGGUGGAAGUAUCAUUAUUAUUAAAAAAAGGCACACUUAUCAAUAUAUUUACUAAUUCUGUAUAGUGUACACUUUUGAAUAGAUCUAAUGUAAACUAAUUUAAAUAACUCUUUAAAUCCAAAAGAUAUAAAACUUUAUUUUGCGGUAUAAAGUUGUAUUUACUAAAGAGUCUAUAAAAUAUAAAAUUUUGUCUUUACCACAGAAAUUUAUGUGAUAUAGCAAAAUAUCAAUACUUUGUACUAUCUCAAUAAAUAGAUAACAGCUUAUUAGUAUAACUAUUUGGAUAAUAAAUCACAGAGAAAGGGAUGCCACUUAUGGAAACAAAAAAAAUAUACAUAAAAAUUCCACCGCUAUAACUCAAUACGAGGUCUAUAUUGAAGCCUAAGAGGUGGAUCUUUAAACCUCCAUCUUGUAACAUAAACAAAUUUAAGAGUAUGAUCCUUACCGAGCAGCUCGUCAUUACACAAAAUAUCAAUAUCUCUAUACUUUUCCAUACCAUCUAAAACUUUUUUAGCGAUAAAUUUCUUGAGGUGUGUAAUUGUUGCUUGAGAUGAUAAACGAAUAAACUUUCUCUUGAGCGACUUGAGAUUGUCUGCGGUACAUUCCAAUCCGAUAUUCACUUGUUCAUCCAGACGAUGAAAAUCUGCUUCAACUUGAGUUGUCGGCUUCUCUUCUUCAGCAUCUCCAGUAGGCACAAUAACAUCUUUGGGGCAUGGCAAACCCCUGGAUUUAUAAAACUCUCUUUCUCUUUUAAUUUCAUUUUCUUGUAAGUUAGGAACUAGUUUAUAAACGAUAUCUUGCAUUGUCCUGUCAAAGCUGAUGUAUUGAAGAGGGUGAGAUUGGUGAAUGACUAUCUGGCAUGUUGGACAUGUAUUGUUGUCCUCCAAAUGUUUCACCAUGCAGCUUUUGCAAAAGGUAUGGAGGCAUUCUGUAACUGUGGUCGCAUCAACCAGGUAUCCUCUACAUAUCUUACAUGUUAUAUAAGCAUUGAGAGUUUUCAACUUGAUCUUUCGUUCCAUAUCACUCAUGAAAACGUAACAAAAUCACAAAUCAUCCGUGGCAACUUAACCAAUUGAUGGAAUGUAUAUUAAUGAACAAUAAAUAAUAAUACCAGCAGCAAAAUCAUAAAAACAACCUCCGAAAACUUAAAUACAAACAACUGGAGACCUAACUAACCUGGCUUUCU